AUGGCAGAGACCAGCAGUAGGUCGAAAAUGGCUUGCAACCCUUCCAUAUUCCAACUGCAGCAAGUGUGUACAUUCCAGCCUUCUGCCGAGGCUGCUUUGGUUUUUCUUGAUACUACAGCCUCUCAGUCGCAUCUGUUGAUUCUUCGAGAAAACGAUCAGGUUGAAUUGGUUGAUGCUCUUCUGGACUUGGGCUCUACUAAUGAUCCGGAUUUACCAUCUUUAAACCCUGUUUCUGCUCAUAUUCCUAUUGCACUCGACAAACUGCACGUUGAUGUGUCGACUUCACCUACUGACCAGUCUCAACAACAGCCAAAUUCAUCCAUCCUUCAUACAAUGAUAACCGCAUCUGCUGCAGAUAAUGUUGAGCAGUUAUUUUAUAGCAAUCAUCAGGACGUAUCUGGAUAUACUGGCGUACCAAUCCCCACAACUACUCACCAGUUUAGUCUCAGACACACUGGCCAUCUCCGACAGUUGAAACUUUCUCCAGAUCGGAUGUUUAUCGGAGUCCUCAGAUCUGCCAAAUCGUUUGAGAUUCGACUUACUUUAGCCUCGCCAAAUGAGCCCUCACUGCUUGAAAUUGAAAGAGACUGGAGGUUUUCAGAUGCUAUUCUUGGAUUUGAAUGGUCAUUUUCUGGUGAAUUCGUCUUGAUUACAAGCACUGGGAUCGAACUAUAUCGUUAUAGUGAGAAAAGGGGAAUUUUUCUCAAAAGUAAAAUAAUUACUGGGCGUAUCUCCUGGUACUUGUUUUCAGCGGAUGCUAAUAUCCUCAUCACAUGUUCUGGAGCACUUGCAUUAACUAUCCACCAUUUAAAGCCAAAUUCGUACAUUGUAAUGCUUCCAUCACUUAGAUUGGACAAUUACAAGUCUAUCAAGUUCUCAACCACGCGAGCUCCAGGACCUGUAGUAAUUAUUCGAAAGCAUAUUCAUGUUGUUAAUUUAUAUGGCCAUGUUUAUAUUAUGUUUUCAAAUACAUGGUCUGAAACUCCCAUAAUGCACCUUUUUCAACUCAAGUCACAAAAAACUUGGAUCAUAGCGCAUUCGCUGGAUCUAAUUGAUUGUGGGGUGUUUACACAUAGUAUUUGGGACAAUAUCUUGAUUGUUCAUAAUUCGUUCACAAAGACAUCUCUACUAUUUGAUAUUUUUUCAAAUCACCCCUCAAAGUUGCUUGUUGAACCUCAAAAAAGACUGUUUAAACUGCUCGAUUCUAAAUUGGCUGUUGAUGAGGGCCAGCAUACUAGCUGGGCAUGUCAUCAGCCAGAUUUAGUACUAUUACCCACUGCAGGGAUUCUAUCACGCUUGUCUUUGCAAUGCAGGGAACUCCGUGAUGAAAUGGAAUGUUGUGGUCAACAAAAUCGUGGCUACAAUUACAUUGUAGAUAUACUUCAAAUGCUAUCUCGCCGAACAGAUCCUUCUGCAUAUAUACUAAAAUUGGAAACAAUCAAGUCACUGAUCAGUCAACACCCCGAUCUAACUUACUUACGCCAAGCAUUUGACACGCUUAACCAGACGAGCUUUGCACAAGGGUCAACUCUAGCAAAACAUUCAUAUGAUUCACGUUUACAACAUAUUCAAAAUAUAGGCGAAUCGUGCACUACGUCCAUAUCAGACCCAUUUGAAGAAUCCAGUCCACCAUGUCCUUUUUCCAACGUAUCACUUGACGAAGCAAACAGAGAUACUGUAAACGAUUCGUCUAAAACAACCUCGGCAGUUCAAGAAGCUCCAUGUCAAAGUCCAGGAUAUUUUUCUCCUCGAUUAUGGAAGCGGAAGCUACAGCAAGUGAGUUUACAAAAUGUAAUUGAUACCUCGCAGGAUGAUAUGUACACGGUAGUAUUUCGAGCUUUUAUCAAAGAGAAUCCAGACGAAGCACUAUACUUUUCAAGCUGCUUAUUGGAAUACAUGAGCUCUCUAGCUGAAAACAAGCGAUUUGCUGAGCCUUCUAUUGAGGAAUUGCUGGUUCAAACUCUUUUUGAUUGUGGUAAAAUGCAACAAGUAUACCAGAUGGUGCACUUUGGGGUUGUGCGUCAAUCCAUAAAGAUUGCACACAUGGUGAUGCAACAUCAGUCAGUGUUUCCAGCAUUUUUUGGACUGGCUAUGAGGAUUUUUGAGAGUUUGAAUGCAGACGAGGAUGCUGUUUUUUCGUUGAUUCAAAAUGGAAAAUUAAUUGAAGCAGCCAAGUAUGUGCUAGACCGAAAGUGCACACAACUCCUACCAGUGUAUACGCUUCUCGAUGCAGCGUAUGUUUCAAACGACCAUACACUUUUUUUAAACAUAUAUCGUAUCGUGGAAGAGUAUGCAUAUACGCACACGGACGAUCGCGUAGAUCAUGCACUAGGCCAACUCAAAGCAACGAUUGCAGGAAAUGGACGAGUCAUGCCAAUGUCAUCUGUAGAUGAGAAUGCGUUGAAUCGGUUUGUGAGCGUAUACCGAGAAUUAUGGGAACCAAGACUGAACAUGGAGACUCUGCAAGGAGAAUUGUAAUGCACGAAUGUGCAGUCAAUAAAGUUAAAAUAGGUU